GAAUCUGCAGGCAUAUUUGGCAGAUUGUUUUAGGAAUGUGACAACAAAUACUACAAUUUAAUACUCAUGGAAUGCAUGUAUUCUUGCAAUGUUUGUACUAACCAUCAAAUCUUUAUGUAUUUUUUUUCCAGAACCAUGUUUCGGCUCACGCUGAUCUUAGGGCUCUGCACACUUGGUGUUUGUCUUCUUCGCCAGUAUCACUAUGUGGAUGAGAGAAAGACCUGGGCUGAAGCUCGGAGAUACUGCAGACAGCAUUAUGCUGAUUUAGCCAGCGUUGAUAAGAUUGAAGAAACACUGGAGCUUAUUAGCUUAGUAGACAUCAGGUACAGCAGCCCAACCUGGAUUGGACUGUAUGAUGAUCUGAGCAGCUGGAAAUGGUCUCUGGAUGAUGAGAGUUUCUACAAGGGGAAUGAGAGAAACUUCAGGAACUGGUACAGGCAGAAACCUGUAAACUGGGGUGGAAACUCUUACUGCGUGUACUUUUCAAGCUAUGCCUCUGCAUGGGGGGAAUACCCUUGUUCUUCGGCAAUGCCAUUCAUUUGCUAUGAUGAAAGACUGGGUGUCACUGCAAGAUAUGUUUUUGUUAAUCAGUACAAGAACUGGGCUGAAGCUCAGAGGUACUGCAGAGAAUAUCACACAGAUCUGGCCAGUGUGAGGAACGUAACCGAGAACUGGGAGUUAAGAUCAUUGCAAAAUUAUUAUUAUGUUGCAUGGAUCGGCCUGUACAGAACCAGGUCCUGGUCCGAUCAGAGCAACUCCUCUUUCAGCUACUGGAAAGCAGGACAGCCAGAUAAUGCUGGACAGAGUGAAUACUGUACAGCUGUGUCAUUCAAUGAAUCUGGACAAUGGACAGAUGAAAACUGUGCUCACACCCUGCCUUUCCUCUGCUACAGUGGAAUGUCAUCUACAUCAUCUCGUCAGUAUCACUUCGUUAACGAGAGUAAAAGCUGGACUGAAGCUCAGAGAUACUGCAGAGAGAAUUACACCGACCUGGCCACCAUUGAAAACAUGGAGGAUAUGAACAGACUCAAUUCCACAGUGAACGGCAGCUAUGCUGGUUUAGCCUGGAUUGGACUGUAUGAUGACCUGGACAGCUGGAGAUGGUCUCUGGAUGAUGACAGUUUCUACGGGGAGGGAGAGAGAGAUUUCAGAGGGUGGCCCCAUCAACCAGAUAACUACAAUGGAAUGGAGCUGUGUGUUUACAUUAACACCUAUGGAACAUGGUCUGAUGCUCACUGUGAAACAUAUUUCCCAUUUGUUUGCUAUGAUGGCAACAACGGAACUGAUGAGUACAUCUGGAUAAAACAGUACAAGACUUGGGCAGAUGCUCAGCAUUACUGCAGAGAGUUUCACACAGACCUGGUCAGUGUGAGGAACAUAACUGAGAAUCAGAGAAUUGUCAACAUUAUAGGGAGCUCUGCUGUUUGGAUUGGUCUCUACAGGACCAGACUGUGGUCAGACCAGCACAAUUCUACAUAUGAGAACUGGAGACCAUACAUCUUUGACUCACCUGAACAACCAGACAACGGUUUAUAUGUUUUGCGAGAGUAUGGUGAUCAGCACUGCACUGCUGUAUCGUUAAGUGAUUCAGGCCUGUGGACAGAUGAGAACUGCUUAGUCACACUCCCUUUUGUCUGCUACAGCAGCUUCUGCACAGGGCUCUCAUGUGACCCUCAUCAGUAUCACUUUGUUAGUGAGAAUAAGAGCUGGCCUGAAGCUCAGAGACACUGCAGAGAGAAUUACACUGACCUGGCCACCAUUGAAAACACAGAGGAUAUGAACAGACUCAUGAAAACAGUGAAUGGCAGCUUCUUUGGUUUAGCCUGGAUUGGACUGUAUGAUGAUCUGGACAGCUGGAGAUGGUCUCUGGAUGAUGACAGUUUCUACAAAGACAAUGUGACAACCUUCAGAAACUGGUAUAUACAGAAACCUGUUAACUUGGGAGGAAACCUAAUGUGUGUGCUGAUUUCACAUUUUUCCGCCACAUGGUGGGAAGCCUCUUGCUCUAAUUGGUUAAGAUUCAUUUGUUAUGAUGUAAAUGGCAGUCCAAGAUAUGUUUUUGUUGAUCAAAACCAGAACUGGACUGAAGCUCAGAGGUACUGCAGAGAACAUUACACAGAUCUGGCCAGUGUGAGGAACGAAACCGAGAACUGGGAGUUAAGAUCAUUGCUAAAAAAUUCUAAUGCGUAUUACCCUGCAUGGAUCGGCCUGUACAGAACCAGGUCCUGGUCCGAUCAGAGCAACUCCUCUUUCAGCUACUGGAAAGCAGGACAACCAGAUAAUGCUGGACAGAGUGAAUACUGUACAGCUGUGUCAUUCGGUGAUUUGGGACAAUGGACAGAUGAAAACUGUGGUCAAGCUUUACCUUUUCUCUGCUACACGCCAUCUCGUCAGUAUCACUUCGUUAACGAGAGUAAAAGCUGGACUGAAGCUCAGAGAUACUGCAGAGAGAAUUACACCGACCUGGCCACCAUUGAAAACAUGGAGGAAAUGAACAGACUCAAUUCCACAGUGAACGGCAGCUACGCUGGUUUAGCCUGGAUUGGACUGUAUGAUGACCUGGACAGCUGGAGAUGGUCUCUGGAUGAUGACAGUUUCUACAGGGAGGGAGAGAGAGAUUUCAGAGGGUGGCCCCAUCAACCAGAUAACUACAAUGGAAUGGAGCUGUGUGUUUACAUGUCUUCAAGAGGGGAAUGGUUUGAUACUCCCUGUACUGAAAUAUGGGGAUUUGUUUGCUAUAACAGUAAUAGCAGCACAUAUGUGUGGGUUUCUCAAGGAAAGACUUGGGCAGAAGCUCAGAGUUUCUGCAGAGAGUUCUACACAGAUCUGGCCAGCGUGAGGAACCAGACUGAGCUGCAGCAAAUACAGAGAAUUUCAAAUGGCAAUGCAGUUUGGAUUGGUCUGUAUAGAAACCGACUGUGGUCAGAUCAGAGCAACUCCGCUUUCACGUACUGGAGACCACGGAUCCAAUCAAUACAAACAGAACCUGAUAACGGUUUGUACUCAGCUGGACAGUAUGGGAAUCAGCACUGUACAGCUGCAGAUCUAAAACAUUCAGGACAAUGGACCGACGAAGACUGCUCAGCCAGUUUCCCAUUCAUCUGCUACAGUGGUCCUGUUACGGGACUGAGAGUGAAAGUUAAAGACACUAAGAAUCGGUCUGGAUCUCAGAUUGAACGAUUGGUUUUAAUGCAGCUUCAAGAUGAGCUCAUCAGGUUGGGACUUCCCAGCAACUUCACUCUGAAAGUGAGAAACCUGCGUAAGACCACUCCCUGA